AUGGCGACGCUGCAGAGAUUCAAGCAUUUCGCCACGCAGUGCGGAGCGUCGUCGACGGGGAACCCGACGCAGAGCCCCACCACCAGCCCGGUCGUCCACCUCCGCCGCCGCAAGACCCUCCGCAUGCUCCUCUCCCGCGGCAGCCCCGCCGCCGUCGACCACCAUCGCCGGGCUAUGGCGAUGUUCGACGGGGUCCAGCAGCGGGAUCUGCCGUCGGAUUCCAAGAGGGCCAGAAGGAAAUUGAAGGAUUUGUUCGUCGCUUCCCCGCCGUUGGAGGAUAAUAGCACGAAGAAUCGGGGAUGCGACGAGGUCCGGCUGCUGACCGUCGGCCCCGGUGGAAGUGACGGGGGUAUUGGGAAUAACGGUAAUAAUUGUAGCUUCAGUCGCGGCGGAGGUGGAGGGUUCUCCGGUCGUCGGAGAGGGCUCAGGCAGGGUGUGGCGACGUUUCGGUAUCGGUUACUGAGGAGAGCUUGGCGGCCUGUACUGGUCACCAUUCCUGAGUAG